GGCAAAGAGAUAGAGAGCCCGGGUGGCAGAGGGCGGGAGUGGGGUGCUGCGGCCCCGGCCCCGGACCCGGAGAGACAGACCGACCAGACUGUUAGACAGACCAGAAGCUCCCGGAGCCCAUGGGCGCCUCGGGCCUGCGCGCCCUGCUUCUCUUCUGCUGGGCGGGGGCCAGCUGGGCCGAGCUGGAUGAGUCUGGGGGCCUCCGAAGAGGGGUUGAUCUGAUCCUGGACUGCAUCUUGGUCAAGGAGGAUGAGCAUGGCUGGGGCAUCUCUGCCAGCCAGCUGAAUGAGGCUCAGGCCACCCUGGUGCUGAAGCAGGUGCCGGUUCUGGACGACGGCACACUGGACAGCUUCACCGACUUCCCAGGGGUCCCUGCGGCCAAGGGAGACACCCCCAUUGCUUUGGAGGCCUCUGUGGACCAGGUGCAGCUACCUCAUGCUGAGGUCUUGCUCCACGCCACUUGCCAGGGGAAGGUGGUGACCUGUGAGCUCACCCUCCUCAAGCAGGCUGGACAAGAGGCCACUUCCCCGGAUGUGGCCUAUUUCAUCAGCACCAUUCAGGUGUCCGAGGGAGCGUUCAGUGUCUCCAUGGUGAUGAAGACCCUCGGAGGGACAGAGAAGGGGGCUCCCUUGCAUCCCAAGCUGAACCUGCCCCUGACCCCCCGGGGGACAGUGCUGGCUUCAGUGGAGUUACAGGUGAUGACACAGAAACCGGCCGUGCAGUCUUCGCUUGGGGUCUCUGCCUCCUUGCAGUGCGGCUUCUCCAUGGCCCCUGGCUCUGGCCCAUUUCAUCUUGAAUGGAGGCGGCAGCACCAGGGCCAGGGCCAGAGGGUGUAUUACUGGGCUGAAGGGCAGGGGCAGGCUCUGCGGGAGGGGGCACGGCUGGAGUCCAGGGAACUGCUGGAGGCUGGGAACGCCUCCCUCACCCUGCCAGGCCUGAUCUUGAGGGACGAAGGAACCUACGUUUGCCAAAUCUCCACUCCCCAACACCAAGCUCAGCAGAUCAUUCACCUCAGCAUCCUGGAGACUCCUAAAGUGCGGCUGAACUUGGUGAAGGAGGCCCUGCCCCCCACCCUCUUCUGCACCAUCGCUGGCUACUACCCCUUGGAUGUGGCUGUGACCUGGAGCCGGGAGGAGCCCGGCGGCGCCCCGGCCCCAACUUCUGGUGCCUACUUCUCCAGCCACCGGCAGAGCAGUGCAGGCACCUACAGCCUCUCCUCCUCUCUAAGGGCAGAGCCUGGCCCCGAGGGAGCCACAUACAGAUGCCACGUCUCCCACGUCUCUCUGACUGAGCCAAUCAUUUUGGAGAUCUGGGUUGCCCCUCCAGAAAAAGGAGCAUCCGUGGGGUUCUUCAUUGCCACUGGCUUAUUCUUUCUCACCCUCUUGUUCCUGAGCCUCCGGAGAUGCUGAGGGAAGAACCAGAGCCUCCCACUCUGCGUCCUGCCACCCAUCUGGACCCCAGGAGUCAUGGAUUCCAGAACAUGAAGUGAUUACCAAAGCCACCUAGUCCAAACUAAACCCACAAUAGGGCCAGUCUUUGCUCAGAGACCUCGGGUGAGAGGGAACCCACUCCCUCCUAAGAGCCAGCGUGCUCCACGCUGGAACAGCUUUGUUGUCAGCAAGUUCUUCCUUGUACCAAGCCUAGCUUUGGCUUUUCAUAGCUUCCUUCAGUCAUACCUGGUUCUGCCCUCCAGGGUCACAUAAAAUGGUCCUACUUUCCCUUACACCUGGUAGUCCUUCAGAUACUUGAAGGCAGCUCUCAUGUCCCUCCCACCUCCCAAGUUAGCUUCCCAGCUACUGGAUGGGCAAGGCCUAGCUAGAUAGCAUCAUCUGAUUUGGGUGGCUACCAAGUGUGUCUGGGUUCAACACCCUCUGUUCCUUCAGAGACCCAGGUGUCGCGUAGGGUCCUUCAGCAAAGGCCACUUUCCAUCCAUAUUGAAGAGUGGAUCCUUUUUCAGUCAGGGGUCAGAUUCAAUGGCUUCUGAACUCCCUUCCAAAUCUGAAAUUCUCUGAUCUUCUCUUGGCAUCAUCUCCAGGCUUUCCCCCAUACCAGCUGCCCUCCUCUGGCUCCUUUCUAGCUCAUCAAUGGCCUUCCUAAAGUGUGGUGCCCAGAAUGACCCACAAUGUUCCAGGUGAGGUCUGAUGAGCCCACCUGGCCUGCUAUCUCCCUCAUCCUGGAUGCUGCCCUGCCCUUAGCGAGUGUAGUCCAAGAUGGCAUUACAUUCUUUGACUGCCAUUUCACACAGUUGACUCAUAUUGAGUUUUCAAUCCACUAAAAAGCUCAUAUUUUUUUCAGAUAAAUAUCCCUUCUCUUGUACUUGUGAAGUUUAUUUCUCGUACUCAACUGUAAGACUAUGUCGAUGCUCAUUAGGUUUCAUUCAAUUCAUUUGGAUUCAGAACACUGUUAGGGUAUGUUCUCUGCAUCCUAUUCCUAGUAUUUACAAAGAACUGAUUAGGGAGGGAUUCCUAAGAAAGGGCAAAGAAAAGCCACCAGACAGCUAGAAACUGUGAAAUCCAUACUGAGACCUACCCUGCAGCCAGUGGUGAGAGGAGGGACAGAGCGGGCACUGAAUGAAGGUGCCAAGGUCAGGGAGAGCCUGGGGAGAGGACGGGGAACAAGGGAUGGGGGAGAGAAUGGAGGACACGACUGGAGACCUCUUGUCCCCAAACUCGAAUCUCUCUCAAUAAAAAUGACUGUUUGACCCUA